AUGAGUGUGUUCAAAAAGGCCGAGAGCUGGCAACUCGACAUCGACCGCUACCUCAACCGCGUCAUACCUGCUUCACCCUUACACAAACUCCCUACAUCUGUGUCGAGAUUCUUGGGGUACCGAAGGGAACAGAAGCAGGAUGUUGGAAACGUUCUUGGAGCAUUCUGGUCAUUAGUAGGAGCAUUUUGUGGUCUGGCUGUAGUCGCGGCGGUCUUCAACAAUACCGAGGGUAUACAACGGCAUGCGCCGCCUGCAUUCAUCGCAUCGUUUGGUGCAUCCGCGAUCCUCGAAUAUAAUGCAGUCCGCUCACCUCUCGGACAACCGCGCAAUGCUCUGCUCGGUCAUACCUUCUCAGCCCUCAUCGGUGUUGGCGUCUCUAAGCUUUUCCAGCUAAAUUCCGACUACGAGAAGAUCAAGUGGAUAGCCGGCGCUACAGGCUGUGCGAUCGCAUCCGCUGCGAUGCUCCUGACUGGUACUGUCCAUCCACCUGGGGGCGCAUCUGCUGUACUGGCUGCCACAGAGCCAGCCAUCACAGCGAUGGGGUGGUUCUUUGUUCCUCUCGUGAUGUGGGGUGCCACAUUGAUGAUUAUUGUGGGUCUCUUCCUCAACAACAUUCAGAGACAGUUCCCAAUAUACUGGUGGACGCCCCUGGACAUAGGAAGAGCGAAGACGAAGGAUAUCGAAACGGUGCCCAACGGCAGAGGCGGAUUGGAGCGAAAGGAGACCGAAGAAGAACAGAGAUACGAUCAACCAUACGAGAAAAUCAAGAUCACCGGAGCCAAGGUUAUUUUACCAGAAGCGCUGAGUCUGAACAAGGACGAAGCGGAGUUGCUCGAGAGGCUGCGGGAAAGGCUGAGGAGGAGAGUGUAUGCAGAGCGAGUGGAAAAGAAUACCGACAACACAGAUUUGAGUAGCGGAAGGAGCAGCGCAGACUUCACCAUGGUGCCUACAAGAAGCGAAGGGGCAAGAAGUAAUAGCGAAAGCAGUCGCAGUGGGAAGUGA